AUGGCACCCACGGCAGUCAUCGAGCGCCAAGCGCCAGAUGUCGUCCCCAAUGCGACGACACGCGCGCCCGUACGAUCGCGUCUCCCCACGGCGCUGCGCGUGCCCAUCCUCAUCAGCCUGAACAUGGGCAUCAACAUGCUGCUCUGGGAGUUUACCGCCAAUUUCCUCAAGCCCGAGCUGGGCACCGUCAGCAAAGUGCCCAACGAGGACGAUGUCACGUCUUUCUACUCGCCCGUCGCGCGCAUUGCCAUGCGCUUCCUGACGGUUUGGAUGACGUGGUACUUCAACUACGACUUCUACGAUGUCUCGGCCCUCACCGUCUUUACCUACGCGCCCUUUACUUACCUCCUUACCACCUUCUACGACAUCUCGGCCUUGACCGCCGCGGCCAACAUUUCCAUUGAGGUCCUCUCCUUCGCCGUACCCACGUACCUCCUCCGCCCACGCUCCAUCGUCCACAGGAGCAACGAGCCCCUGCGCAACCGCUUCCUCCUCAACAGCGUGCAAGUCCAAGUCUCUUCCUCGAUGCUCGCAGCAGGCGUCUACGUUACCAUUCUCUGGGCUGGCCUGAAGAGCGGUCUCCUGAACACUUUCCUCGUCCAGUACUUCGACAUCCCCACCCUGGAAGCCGCACAUCUCGAGACUCCCGUGUCCAUCCUCAUCAAGACUGUCGUUGUCGGCAUUGCCGCCAAGGCCUUCUUGCUCAACCCUUCAUUCGCAGCCCAGCGCUCCGGUACCCAGACACCGGCUGACGAGUUCGAUCCCGCAACCGCGACCCUGCCCAAGACGCUUGAACACAACUUCUUCAACUUCAGCAAGAGGACUAGGACACUGAUUCAGCAGACGCUUAUUCUGAACGCAUUCUUGUUCGCCGGUACUGUCCAACGGUGUAUGACGCUCAUUGGUACCGACGUUGUUGGUGCGGUAGGAUAUGCGGGUGUGUGGGUUGCGGCGAAUACAGUGGUCGCGUUGUGGUAUGGUUGGGUUGGAGAUACCAGUGCCGACUACGAGCCGUUGUAA